AUGCGCCGCAGACUUAACCGCCUUUUCUGUUACAACGAGAUGCAUUUCGGAAAUGUGGUCGACCAAGUUGCACAGCUUGGGGUUCUGUCUCGCCCCUUGCGGUGUAGGUUGCCGCUUGGUAUGACGCCGAGUCGAGCUUUUUCGCCUUGCAAGCGAACCCUGUCUUCUGGAAACGAGCUGCCAAACAAGACUAAAGGACGUCCUCCGUUCCAGGGCAAGAUCCAGGGCAAGAUCCCAAGCAGCAUUCCGCAGUGCCUGGCAAAAAGGUCUUCAAAGCUCGGAAUAUCUUCAACUGAAUAUGGAAAGACCACCAGCAGGCGCAUAGCUUACUUCUUAGGUGAAAUGCACCAGCCUUCACCUGCGGAGAACUCAACUUUGCCCCUCGCCCACACAGACAUGCCAACGCACAGGACCGAUGAGGAGAACCUCAUCGCUGCCCGGACAGAGCUUCUAGGGGUUGUUGAUGAACAACAGAUCAGCGUCAUCACGUCGGACCUCGAGUAUCACUCAACUUCCGAGUGGUCAACACACCCGGCCAAAGAUACUGAGCGCCCUUUUAUGGUUGUAUUUCCACAUUCGACAGAGCAGGUUUCUGGGAUUAUGAAGAUCUGUCACACACGCCGGAUUCCUGUGACCGGGUAUAGCGGCGGUACCUCACUUGAGGGCCAUUUCGUGCCGACCCGAGGUGGUGUGUCAAUCGACUUCGGACGUAUGGAUCAGAUCCUAUCAUUGCACAAGGACGACUUGGACGUUGUAGUGCAGCCUGGAGUCCGAUGGGAGGCACUCAAUGAAGAACUGGCUCGGGAUAAUCUUUUCUUCCCUCCAGACCCAGGCCCUGGCGCCAUGAUUGGUGGUAUGGUGGCCGUCUUGCCCCAGUCAACAUCGGUGGCUAUAUCGACAUUCCCAUCGAUCCGGCAUGCUGCCAACUGCGUGGCAAAGGUGGUUGGUGCCGGCAUCUCUAUCGCUGCAGUAGAGAUCCUCGAUGAUCUCCAGAUGCGAGUCAUCAACCAAACAGGCAGCACGUCGAGGGCAUGGGAGGAGGUGCCAACGCUGUUCUUCAAGUUUGCUGGUACUCCGGCUGCUGUUAAAGAGCAAGUAGCACUGGUACAGCAGCUAUCGAGUGACUCAGGAUCGCAAACAUUCGAGUUUGCCAGCAGUCAGGAUGAGCAGCAGGAACUUUGGAGCGCGCGAAAGGAGGCACUUUGGAGCACAAUGGCUUUAAAGCGGGACGGCGACCAUGUCUGGACGGGUGACGUGGCAGUGCCCAUGAGUCGAUUGCCAGAUAUCAUCGAAGAGACAAAAUUGUCCAUGGUCAAUGCGGGCCUAUUUGGAACAAUUGUCGGUCAUGUUGGAGAUGGUAAUUUUCACAUUAUCAUGCUUUACAAUGAUGCCGAAAGAGAACGGGCUGAACACGUGGUACACGACAUGGUAAAGAGAGCAAUUGAGUUGGAAGGUACAGUUUCUGGUGAGCAUGGUGUUGGCUUGGUCAAAAGAGACUAUCUGAACCACGAACUUGGCGAGGCGACCGUUGACGCAAUGCGACAGAUAAAAAAAGCAUUCGAUCCUCUUUGCCUCUUAAAUUGCGACAAGGUUGUAAGGAUGCAAAAACCUAGUGCUGGGGAGGUUGCCGAAUGGUAG